AUGCCAGCAUCAGUAUCACUCCGCAAACGACGCUCCGUCACAUCACGGCCCAUCACCAAUCGACCCCAAACCAUCACUGGACAACAGAACAAACUUCUCAACGAAGAACAGGAGCGUGAGCGACAAGCAAAGGAGCUCGAUGCCCGAAGGAGACGAGCUCGACGUCGCUUGGACGAACUCGAACGGAUCAACUACCGCGACGCUCCUACCGCCUCUGCCGUCACCACUUCCACCUCCGAUCCCGCAACGUCCAAUGCCAAUGAAACAGCAGCGGCAUUUUCAGCAGAGACAGACAGCGCAGCAACAGGAGCAGCAGGUGUCAGUCUGGCGCAACGAAGGCGAAACCAAGCCGAAUUGAGGCGUAUCUUGGUCAGUGGCAGACGGAACCUGCAUUCGAUGGUAGAGGAGUUGGUGGAUCAGGCAAGGCUUCCAUUACGAGGCGGUAAGCCGAAUUGGAGGACUGCGAGAUCAGGAUUAUCAGAAAAGCCAGGGAGAAAGUAUUGCAGUAUUUGCGGUUUUCACGGUGAUCUCUCAUGCAUACGAUGUGGACACAGAUACUGCUCGCGAAAGUGCAGGGAUGUACACGACGAAACACGAUGUGAGAGACCUCUCCGCUAG